AUGGUCAUGGAAACAAGCGACGUCGAUGGCAGUAAUGAGCAACGCAAGCAUGUGAAGCUUUUUCAGCGCUCAAAGACCAGUCUUCGACGCAUCAUGAGUCGUUCAUCCCAUACAAGAGUCAAUUCAUCUGAUUCGUUGGGCUCUUCGGUGUCGUCGAUUCGUGUACGAGAAAGCAGUAACAGUUCUUCCGAGGAUACGCAAACCACUGCAACCACAACAACAGCACCUCGACUUGUGCUUCGAAUUUCAGUAUUGCGAGGACGACAACUGCAUGCAUUCGAGGAUACGGCACCCAAUUCAUUUGCUGUGGUUCGAUGUGCUGGACAACAACAACGUACACAUGUCGUCAAGAAAUCGAGUGAACCUGAAUACCAUUGUACAUUUGAUGUACGACUAUCGGGUAAUCGGUCUCGAGGCACGCGUCGUAGAUUACGACUUCUCCUAUCGCGUGGUCUAGUUAUUUCGGUGUGUGACAGGGAUCGCUUCAAAUCUGUAUAUCUUGGUCAAGUGCGUUUGCCAGCUGAUGAGCUCUUUGGAGAAACAGAUCCGAUUGCUUAUGAUCAAGCUGAGCCAAAAUCGUUUCCGAUUACACGCACUGCUACCAGCUCCCACUUCAACAAGAUGCGGCGACGCAAACUGGAGUUGGCAGACGAACUCGGUGAACUCGAGAUCAAAUAUGGUCUUGCGGUUGAACAAGGCACCGACCCAUUGAGUGAUGAUGAAUUACGUGAGCUAUGGUCCGUUUUGUUUGAACAACCCAAGGCAACAACGACAACAACAGGAGACUCUCAGGGUGAUAGUUCUUCUUCCUUGCCUUCAGAUCACAAUCGUGGCCAACGCAAACACCGACUCCGUCGUUUGACCAAGCGCAAGGCACCAGGCCAGCAACGCAAGAUUCGUAGACGGGGUCGUCGCCAAAGCAAUGAUGUGGCUCAAUUUUACUCUGAUGUCUUUGGCGCUGUAUACAUUGAAGUCAUGAAUGCAAGAGAUUUGCCACCUGAAAGAAAUAUGACUCGUACAGGGUUUGACAUGGAUCCAUUUGUCGUCAUCUCUUAUGGCAAAACCACUUUCCGCACAAGCUCAGUUCGUCACAAUCUCAAUCCUGAUUGGAAUGAAAAGCUCAUGUUUCAUGUGCGUGCGAAUGAGACACGCUACAGCAUCAAAUUUGCCGUGUACGACAAGGAUAAAUUCACAAAGAAUGAUCACGUGGCUUGGGCGGAGGUCCCCAUCAUGGACAUUAUCAAGAAACAACCACACGCUAUCGAUAUGACGAAUCAGCACACGCCUGUGGAUGCCAUUGAAGCUGUCAUGGAGAUGCACAAGGUCGACUUGGAGAUGGUCAACAAAGGACAUUGGGGUGAUAGCCAUCAUCCUACUCUCACUUUCCGCGCCAAGUUUGUUCCCUACAGCACGAUUCGCAAAAUGUUUUGGACAACGCUUGCCAAUGCAUCUGGUAUCUCGGCGGAUGGUCGUAUUGAUCGCCUUGAAAUCGUUUCACUUUUGGAAAGCUUGGGAUCCACCAUUUCAGAUGCGACGUUGAACUCGUUUUGGAAGGAUCAUGGCAAAGAUCCAGAAACUGAAAGCUUGACAAUCGAUGAAUUUAUCAGCAGCAUUGAGAAUUUCAUGUCCUCCACUGAUAAGGAUCAUCGACGCCGUUCGCUCACUACUGCCAUGGAAGAGACCCAAUUGGGUGAAGCGGAUGAUGAAGAUAAUGAUGAUCAAGAAGACGAGGCACUCUUUUCGGGAGACGAUGCUUGCAGUAGCGAUGAGGAGAUUUAUAUGAUGGAUGAAGAUGAAAUGGACGAAGAUGAGCUAUUGAACUCGGAUGAGGAUUAUGGCAACGAUGUAUUGGACGACUCUUAUCCAGGCUCCAGCUCUUCAGGUGUCUCUGAUGAUGCAGCAGAUGAUGUAUUGCUUGAAGCCCGCCAAUUCCAACCCGAGCUCAAGGAGUCAUUAUCAGAUCUCACUAACAAGGAAGAGGAUAAUGAUGCUGGAUUGUUGCCACAAGCAAAUGAAAAGGUGAUUCGACUCGCCGAAUGCCCCAUAUGCCAUCGACCUUUUGUAUCGAAACGAGCACAAAUGGAUAUCGUCACGCACGUAGCAACAUGUGCUUCACACGAUUGGACUGCCGUUGAUCACUUUUUAAUGGGCAACUUUGUUACGGAGGCCUAUGCUCAGCGAAGAUGGUUUGUCAAGCUUGUAAGCAAGGUUGGCUAUGGUACAUACAAGCCUGGAAGUGACAAUGCAAACAUCAUUGUGCAAGAUCGUAUGACAGGCCAAUUGAUUGAAGAGCGAAUGAGUGUUUAUGUACGACUUGGUAUGCGCAUCAUGUACAAAGGAAUGAAGACGGGUAUCCAAUCCAAGACCGCCCAACGCAUUCUUUCCAACAUGACGUAUAGACAAGGUCGCCGUUACGAUUCUCCUCAAUCCGUGCGUGAAAUUGCGCCAUUUAUCAAGUUCCACAACCUUGAUAUGAGUGAGGUGCUCGACCCAAUUGAUAGCUUCAAGUCUUUCAACGAGUUCUUUUACCGCAAGCUUAAGCCAAAUGCUCGCCCAUGCGAAUGCCCUGAUGAUCCAACAGUGGCUGUGAGUGCAGCUGAUUGUCGCAUGAUGGCAUUCCCCACUAUCUCGGACGCCACACGACUUUGGAUUAAGGGUGUUGACUUUACUAUUGAGAAAUUAUUGGGUGAUCCCGACAAGGCUGCCUUGUUUGAUGGUGGAUCUUUGGCAAUCUUCCGAUUAGCUCCUCAGGAUUAUCAUCGUUUCCACUCACCUGUGGACGGCCGCAUCACUGAAAUAACCAAAAUUGCUGGCCAAUAUUAUACUGUCAAUCCCAUGGCUAUUCGUACCACACUCGAUGUGUAUGGUGAAAACGCACGUGAUGUGGUCAUGUUUGAAUCCGAGGCAUUUGGCAAGGUGGCUGUUGUGUGUAUCGGUGCCAUGAUGGUAGGCUCGAUUUGCCUCACAGCAGACGAGGGAACGUAUCUUCACCGUGCAGAUGAACUUGGCUACUUUGCCUUUGGUGGCAGUACGAUCGUGGUUCUAUGGCAGAAAGAUACCCUUACUUUUGAUCAAGACUUGGUCGACAACUCGGAAAAGACAAUUGAAACACUGGUCCGUGUUGGUCACCGAAUUGGUCAUCGACCCCAAUGA